AAAUAAUGACUAUUGGUCAUAAUACGCAUGCGCAAGAAAGCGGCCUUAAUAGCAACACUGAACGGAACGGGAAUUAUCAAAAAUGUUGAUGGAGAUCAGUUACACGAAUAAGACAUAAAGGAAGUUGCCGCACGAUAUGGAUCUAUCGUAACAGAUAACUAGAUGCAAGCACCAACCCUUUCGCAACGUAAUCCAAACCGCUUUAAUGGCGUGGUUAAUCACCUACGAGGAAACGCCAGGCGAUAAACUAAACAGCUGUACAUAAAGUAGGAAUGGAUAUGUGGUUCUGUUUACUGUAGCACAAAAUGUGACGCUUAAGUUAUUGCUAAUUAAAAGCAUUACGAUAUGCAAGAUGGAGAAAAUUAUACCAAUGAGUUGGUUGAACCAAAUAUUAUUAGUUUUUAGUAUAGUAGCUGCAAUACUGUCUUUAGUUAUACAAGGGUGGAUAAGUCUCACGCCUCUACCAAUAUAUGUUUCUAUCUCUUGGGCUGUAUUUAUCACAAUUAUAUCUAUAUGGUUGAGUUGUUGCUUGCUGCGUCUCACAUUGAAAGCCAACAGUCCAAUCAUGUUAAAGUUUAUGAAUAAUUGGAUAUAUAAGAAACUGAUAGGUGAUCUGAGUUUAGAUUCUUCAGAAGACAAAGAUGAAGAUAUAAAGAUCACUUGUAAAAAUAAUAGUGACAGCCCAAACAGCUUGAACUCUGUACAAAAAGAUAGUGCCAAGUGUGAAAACAAUGUUACAUCAUCUGAUAUAUGCAAGAACAAAAUUCCUUUGGCUAAAAGAAAAAAGCUGAGUAUAACAAACAUGACGCGAGAGAUUAAUGCAAAGUGUAUAGCAAUUUGGUAUAAGAAUAUAAGUAAUGAUAAAUCAUUCCCUGAUGAGGCACAAGACUUGUUGAGCAAGUUUUUGACCAGGAUUAUCUGGAAAGCCAAUCUGAUAGAUAAGAUAAAACUUAUUAAUAAGUUGGCAAACGUAUUACUGUUACACUUAAAGGAAUAUCGUAGAGCAUUACGCAGAGUUGAGAAGGGUACUGCAGUUAGUGUGGAGGAGGCAUAUAAAUACUUACAUCCAGGUUCUCGCAAUGCAUCAACGUUGGAGCAUAUGUUACAUCGUUUAGUUACUGUUUUGGCACAAGAGUUUUUACAAUGGGAACUCACUAGUUCGUUACCGUGCAAACUUUUAUUGUCUAUUUUAGCAAAGAGACUAUUAAUAACAAUAGAUACAAUAAGCUGUCCAAAUUGGUUGAUCGAAAACUUAAUGAGAUUAUUGGAAGCUCCAGCAAAUAAAAAUGUCAUUAUUCCAGUUAAAGAAAACGUCAAUGGUACCAUAACUGUUGCUUUGAGCGAUGGUAUCACAUCCGCGACAGCGGCAGUGAUCCCGCAGCAAUUGCCAAAAUCUGUGCCCAAGUCUAGUCCAACUGCAACUAUUACAAAUAAAGAAGAAGAAAAUGCAGCUAUAAUGGCAGCUCCAAAAAGACCAACUCUGUGUCUGGAAGGUCUCUCUACUGAGCACCGAGGCCUGUGGGGAGACAGCAUAACGGAUACAGAUUUAGAAUUAGAUGAAGAUAAGAUAUCACCGGUAUACGAAGAGCCAACGGAUUUCGCUACGACUAUCGCUAGGCUUAGAAAUCUAUUACAACAGAAAUCUACAGCAACCACACCAUUACACGCUGAAGAAAAAUCAUACGUAAUAUACGAAGGAAGCCAGUUUACAAAUUUGUCAAUUCCGUGGACCGAAUUUCAUACCGCGACAGACGGCUCGCAGCAAUUAUUCUAUUGCAUACAAUUUGAUGAUGUCGAACAACGCGGAAUGGAUUUAUUCGAAACAACCACUGCUACUGUCAGAAGGCAAUACACUGAUUUUGUCCAAUUACAUCUCAGUUUGGAAGAAAUUCCAUCAUUAGCAAAUAUUAUGUCAGAUUUGAUAUUACCCGAAGGUGGCCGGAUUGAAUUGGAGAUAUAUUUAAAGACGUUAUGUACGCGGUUGGCAAAUGAGUGUCCGCCACAACUACGUCAUUUUCUUCGACCUAGUAGUAGCGCGAGCAAAAAAGCAGACGCAGUAGCGCCUCGUUUGGACCGAUUCUUGGCCAAAACUGUGACUGGUGUCUUUAAUACAUUGAAAACUGUUGUACCAGGUUUCGAAUUGGAUCAAGAAGAAGAGGCUCCUCCUCUACCUACUUUAAUGCCUUUGUCUGACAUACCCUGGAGGUUUGUCGAGGAUAUAAAGUCGAAAAAUUUAGCUUACGAAUUGCAACAAUUAAUCGCGGAAAGAACAGAAUACUGUACGGUAGACACAGCUUAUGAGGCGGUUGAUUCGAUGGAAGUUAAUGGCGAUUCAGAGUUAUUGGAUUGUUGGUGGGAAACCAUUAAUAUUUCGUAUGAUGAUGAAAUAGACGAAUUAGAUUCUAAUUUAACACUGACAUGCACAAUGAUAGAUUUUAUUUGCGAGCUUCUAGCAGGAAUCUCCAGUAAUAAUACAUUGCAGCAAGAAGCAGUUGUUAGGUGGACUAAAUUACUAUUUGGAAACAUAUCUGAGCCAAUUCUGCAGAAAAUGAUACUUCAGCUAUUCGACAAUCUGAGUGAUUCCUCCUUCAUUUGGGACACAUCACGUAAUACUACAAGUCAAAACGAUAUGCAAUUGAAAGACAGAUUGCUACGUAUAUUGGAGAAAAAAAUAUCAUAUGACGUAAAAUUAAUAUUUGGCGAGGAUGACAUACACAAAGCUCUGAAUUAUUUAUUGAGUUCAUAUGAAAUAAAAAAAAUCAACUUAGACUUAAGUAUGCAAAUGUUAGACGCACUAGUAUCAGAACUGUUAAUUUGCUGUAAGACAAAUCACAAUACCACGAAUUGAUUCCAAUUUCUGUUCAGCUUUUUAAAUAGAAGUAAUGCUUGAUAAUUUGCAACAUUCGCACAUUAUUUUAUUAUCGAUGAUGAUAGGGGGAGUCAUUAAGAUACAUUAAAAUAUUUAUGUAAAAAGAAAUUGAUAUGUGCCAUAUGUAGAACAAAUGUAUCGACCGUUUACGUUUUAUUAUAAAAACCUGACGGAUUUUUUUAAAUGAA